AUGAGACAUUCUAAGAAUAUAAUAAGAUAAUUAUAUGAAUUAUCAAUAAAAUUAGAUUAAAUUACUAAAGGAGAUUUAGAAGUCGAAAUUAUGAGUAAUUUUGUUUAAAAAAAUAUAGAAAGUGGUGUUUUAUAUUCAGUAUGUAAUGAAAUGAAUUUAUCUUUAAAAUAUUCAGAUAAUAAUUACUAUUAAGGCGAAGACUCUUAGAUUUUAAUAAGACUAAGUAAUGCUUUGGCACAUUUUAAGAAAAAAGGGUUCGAAAAAGGUAUUGGGAUUGCGUAUAAUAAUAUGGGGAAUAUUCAUAUGUAAAAUUAGAGAUAUAAUGAGACUAUUAUUUGCUAUAAUUAAUCUUUAAUGAUUAUUAUACUUGAGUAAAUAUACGCAGAUAGAUGUUAUUAAAUUGCUAAUGCAUAUAGUAUAUAUGCAGAUAGUGAGAAAAAUAAAAAUAAAAAUUUCUCAAAAUAAUUAUGGGAAUUAGCUAUUGAUAAAUUUAAAAUGGUUGCUGUUUUAGAUAAAAAAAAUUAAACACAUAUUAGUCUGUGUAGACUUAUUACUAUAUAUUCUAGAUUAAGUGCUGUUUAUUUAGAAAGGGCUAAUUUUACGAAAAAUGAAGAAGAUUUUGAUAAAGCUUUAAGUUAUUAGUCAGUUGCUGAUGAAUUAUAAAACAAUUUCUAUGAAAAAAUUUAUAAAUUUCUUUCUGAAGAGGAGAAAAAUUAAAUUGAAAAUCCAGAAAUGAUGAAUUAAAGAGUACAUUUUCACUAUGCUAUGUUUUUCAAACAAACUGGUUGGUAUAAAAAUGCUUUUAAAUAAUUUAUUUAAGGACUUAGACUUGGUAAAAGAUAUGAUCCUGCAUUUAGAUUUAUAUAAGCAGAGGAUAGAUUUGGUUAUAUAACUUUUGAUCAGAAUGCACAUGUUAUUUUCGAAUUAAGCGAGAAAAGUAAGAACGAUCGAUUUUUGAAAGAGUUUAUUAAGGAUAGUGUAAAUUAUGUUGGAUAUGGAGAACCAGCUUUAUAUAUGAGAAUUGAACUUGAUUAUAAUUCAAAAAAUAAUCUUAUUGGGUUAUGUAGAGAAACACACGAAGGAACUUUUGUUUCUAGUUUAAGUAAUGAUGAUUUAGAUAGUGCUUUUUAAUCUAUUUCAAAUAUUGUAUAUAGAGUUUUUAAUGGACCUACAGGAAUUUCUAUUUAAGAUUUUAUAAAUGAAAAUUUUUAAUAGAAUUAUAUAGAUUGA